AGAACAACAGCUUGGAACCCUCGGCGGCCCUGUAGCUUGAACUUCGAUCAUGUCUCCUCUUGCCUUGGGAGUCAUAAAGGCACUCUAUGACUAUGAAGCACAGUCCGACGAUGAGCUGACCGUAAAGGAGGACGACAUCCUCUACCUCCUCGAUAAUUCAGAUUCAGAGUGGUGGAAAGUGCGGCACAAAACCGAUUCUUCAGAUGACGAGGGGCCCUCCGGGGUUGUGCCUGCUACUUAUGUCGAGGAAGUACAGCCUGUUGGCAUUGUGAAAGCCUUGUAUGACUAUGAAGCCAACGCCAACGGGGAGCUCAGCAUCAAGGAGGGAGACGUGCUGAUCAUGUAUGAAAAGGAGGACGAUUGGAUCCUUGUGAAGGGCGACCAGAGAGAUUCAAAGGUUGGUUUCGUUCCCGCCACCUACGUGGAGGACCACAAUCCAGACGAAGCGCCGUCAACCGAGCCUACGCCUGCUCCAGAGAUGCCAGCGAGCAACUAUGUCGAUCCUCAGGAGCGUGUUCUCGCUUCUGUAGCCAAAGCGUCUCCCUCGGACAACAUCGAGACGUGGCCUGUUACUGAAAUCGAUUCGAAGGGAAAGAAGAAGAAAGGUACCUUGGGCAUUGGCAAAGGCAACGUGUUCUUUGCCAGUGAAUCGGACAAGACCCCAGUACAGCAGUGGAAAGCUGGCGACAUCACUUCCGUCAUUGAAGACAAACCAAAACAUGUCAUGUUGAUCAUUGGAGGCGUGAAUGCUGCUGAACUCCACUUCAACGCUGGGUCCAAAGAGAUCGCCCAGGCGAUCGUUACCAAAGCGGCGACCAGCGGUGGCGCUCUGCAGUCUGGAUCAUCGAACAUCCAUCCUCCGAAACCUGAAGAUGAAGCGGAACCGUUCGAGGACUACGCUGUGGAGGAGGGCAAGCCGAAGAAGAAUGGGGUGCAUUGGGCUCCUUCGCCAACGUCUCCAGUUGGUGUAUCCUUCCCAACACCUGAUCCUACUGAAGGAGAGUCUGCCAUUGCGACGUAUGACUUCGAGGCCCAGAGCGAGGACGAGCUUACUGUCCGAGAAGGCGACGCUUUAGUGGUUGUUGACCGAGUCAGCAGUGAGGACUGGUGGAAAUGUCGUAACGACAGGGGGCAAGAGGGUGUCGUUCCUAGGAGCUAUGUUGAGCUCGAGGCCAGAGAAGGCGCGGCACGCGCGGCUGCUGAGGCUGAAGAGGCUGAAGAAAGAGCAAGGCAGGAAGAAGCAGCCCAAGCACAAGCUGAGGCUGAAUCUGAGGCUGAGGCUGCUGCUGCCGUCGCUCGUGCUGCCCGUGAGCGCGAACUCGCAGACGAACAGCGUCGUCAAGCGGCUGCUCUAAAACGACGUGAAGACGAGAAAAAGUUAAUUGAACAGCGCCGGAUCAAGGAAGAAGACAGGGCUCGCAGAAAGGCGGAAGAAGCCCGAGUCAUCAAGGCCGCAGAGGCGAGGCGGGCCGAAGAAGCCUCCCGGGCACAGACUUCUACCCGACGCCGAGAUGAUGGUCGCCCCCGGUCAAAAUCUGGACAGAGCGAGAGAUCCAAACCCACAAACACCCGUAUCUGGCACGACAGAACAGGACAAUUCAAGGUCGAGGCUGAGUUCUUGGGUCACAAUAACGGGAAGAUCAAGCUGCACAAGAUCAAUGGCGUCAUUAUCGAAGUUCCUGCUGAAAAAAUGUCAGAAGAGGAUAUGGCAUAUAUCAGUGACAUCAUGAACCCAAGAAGGAAGGUGUCGAUUCGAGCUGAUUCUGACGACAACAUUCCUUUAGCUACCAUCGCGGAUCAAAGAAAACAGCCAGAGCCGAAAGACAGACGAGCAUCUAUUGCCAAGCAGGGGAGCAUGUCGAAGAAGCCUACUGUCGACUGGUUCGAGUUUUUCCUGAACGCAGGCUGCGACAUCGAUGAUUGCACAAGGUACGCCAACGCUUUCGAACGGGAUAAGAUCGAUCAGUCUAUUCUGGGUGACAUCAAACCGGAGACCAUGCGAGCCCUUGGUCUGAGGGAAGGCGACAUCAUUCGUGUCGCAAAAGCUAUUGAAGAACAUAGAUUCUCUCCCAAACCCCCAACUGCGACCAAAGAUACAGCUGGUGCUGAAGAUCAGAUGCGCCGCGACGAGGAGUAUGCCCGUCAGUUGCAGGCAGAAAUUAAUGGCAACCGUCGCUCCAGCCCAUCUGCCACUUCACCGCCAAACCUAUUCACCGGCCCGGGCGGUGCACUCAAGACCAGCCAGCGUCGGGGGAGGCCCCAAACGAAGACUUCUGCACCCUUAGCAGUGGAUGUAUCUUCCAUUGCGUCUGCCAGCGACCGCCUCACACAAAGCCCCGCUGCUGCAAGUCCCUCCCUCAUACCUUCAGCCUCUCCUCCUGCCCCCGCUCCCGCACCGAAAGCAGCACGACCGCUUACCCCUGCGCAGAGUGGUUUCGAUGAUAACGCAUGGGAGCCUAGACCUCUAACAAAGCCGGCGCCCGAGGCGCCAGCGGCUCCUAUGAUUGCGCUCAGUCUACCGCCUCAAGUACCCGUGCCUCCGACACCUCCAGCCUCAGCUCCCUCUGCUCCUCCGCCACCUCCCCCUGCUCCGACGGUGACCCAGACGUUGGCAGGAGGGCAAAUUGCAAGACCGCAGACGUCUAGUGCGGCACUCACGCCAACACAGACAGGAGAAUUUGAGCUGCUCGCAAAGCUGAGCCAAAUGAGACCUCCAUCGGCCCCUGUAAGUCAGAUGACACCGAUACCUUUCACUGGCACUCCGCCUUAUCAAGCUGGUCUCGGCAUGGGCGCAUCCCCGAUUCCUCUCGCACAACUUCAAGCGCAGCAAACUGGGAUGUAUUUCCAGAACAAUGGCCCUCGUGGUCCCUUGGUUCCUGUACCGGCAAAUCAAGGGCUUCUUAAUCCACUAGUUCCUACUAACACUGGGUUCGCGGGCUUUAUACCCACACGACCUACUUCAACCCCCAUCAUGCAACCGCCUGCCCUGAUGUCACAGCCCACUGGAUUUCCCUCAAUGGCUGGCGGCAUUCGGCCGCAGCCAACGGGAUUUCCAACUUUCACCGCAGGGACCUUACCGAUUACUGGCCUACAACCACAGCCAACUGGUUUCAGCCCAGUAUUUGCGCAGGUUCCUCAGCAACAGUUCACAACAUCUGUAACGCCAAAUCAAUUUAUUCCAGCACCCGCCCCUUUACCUCCCUCCCAGCCUGCUGCCAAUCAUUCGCCUGCUAGCGUCUUUGCAUCAAUGAAGUCAGGUUCAUUCGCCGCCGGAGCAUCCGACGCACAGCCCGCAGACAAGUAUGGUGCGCUGAGGUCGCCCAACGGUGGUGUGGGACAGCCAUAUCAAGGGUUCCUCACGGCUCAGCCAACUGGCUUUGUGCCUAAUAGCGGAACUUGGACAGUUCCCACUAACACAUCUGGAUACGGCCAACCUGGCUUUGCCGGUUACCAGCCUCGAUGA